AUGAGGCCACGAUUGACGAAUUGCCGCUCACUCAUAAGUGGGUGCGGCAAGACCACAACACCAGCUCGGUUCUUCUCUUCCCGCAUUUCCCACUCGAAUCUACGCGCUCCUCUCAAUAUACCACCACCUUUUCCUGUGACUGAGAAAUGUCCAGAACCAACCUGCUCAUGUCCUGCUACACCAGCUAUGCCCGAAGGGCUCACGAUCGACUUUGAUCAGCCAUUGAACGGAACAAUGGCAGCAUACACCCAGCAGGUCGUCAUCUGCACUGGCCAGAAAGACUGGGAGAGUCGCAUUGAGGACGCUGGCAAGGGUCAAAGCUGGGGAGAGCUAGUGAGAGGCUUGAAGAAGCUGAUGGGCCGUGGUGGGCGCUAUGCAGAUCCGUUCAAUAACGUCUUGGUUUCGAACUCAUCCUUUCCCUCUUCGUCCUCCACUUCUACCGCCUCGGCCUUUCUUUUCCCCGGAUUCAAAUACAUUCCUUCAAUCUCCGUGAAUGUCUCCGAGGAGCAGAAUGCGCAGACAGAUCUCGCAACGUUCGUCCAAGCCUUUCUUCUCCCGGAACAGCUCAAUUCUAUGCAAGAUUCCCUCCCCGAAUCCAAGCGGGCGAAAUUAACCCGCAAGCCUGAACUUGAGUCCAGUUUCCCAGGUGCCAUCGACAUUCAGUACUCUCCUGUUGUAUUGAUAUGCGGUCAUGGUGGGCGUGACAUGCGCUGCGGAGUCAUGGCACCUGUUCUAGAAAAGGAGUUCAGCCGCGUCUUACGUGCGCAGGGUUUCUCAUCCGCCGGAGGGGACGGCAAUACCGCUGACAGUCCCGAGCAUGCCCAUAUUGGACUGAUCAGUCAUGUCGGUGGUCACAAAUAUGCUGGAAAUGUGAUUGUGUACAUUCCUCCCGGGAUGAAGGCAGGUGGCUCCCCUCAUCCGCUGGCGGGUAAGGGUAUUUGGUAUGGACGGGUUGAACCCAAGCAUGUCCAGGGUAUUAUAGAUGAGACUAUAAUGAGUGGAAGAGUGGUACUUGAUCAUUUCCGGGGUGGCAUUGAUCGCAACGGUGACAUCCUACGAGUAUAGAGUUGAGUUGUCCAGGAUAUAGACUCUUCAGUCAGAUCACACGUGUAUAUAUAGAUGCUAGGAUAGAUCAUGAAUUGCCCAU